AAUUUGCAGAACAGAACAAGAGCAAGGAAGACCAAGGGCUGAAUUUGAAGAAUGAUCACGUUUGGGGAUGAAAGGAGGAAGUGCCAGUGAAGGAGAGGAAAAAGGCAGGCAGUCAAAGAAGACAUUAAGACAGGCUCAUUUGACUUGUACUGCACCUGGGGGAGCCCCGCCCUUGUUGGAGCCUAACGACUUUCCUUCGCUACCGGCUUCCCUUGUCGCGUUUGGCCCGGCUCAGCCGCCGUGACAAGGCCUUUGCGCAUGUGCAGGGUCAACCGGGAGGAAGGUGAAGAUGGCGACGGCCAGGGCGGGGGUCCUGGGAGUGCGAUGGCUGCAAAGGGCAAGCCGGACCGUGGUACCGUUGGGUGCACGGACAGCUUCGCACAUUACGAAGGAGAUGCUCCCGGGGCCCUAUCCCAAAACCCCGGAAGAACGGGCCGCCGCCGCCAAGAAAUACAAUAUGCGGGUAGAAGACUACCAACCGUACCCGGAUGAUGGCAUGGGGUAUGGUGACUACCCAAAGCUCCCUGACCGCUCACAGCAGGAGAGGGAUCCGUGGUAUAACUGGGACCACCCAGACCUGAGGUUGAACUGGGGUGAACCGAUGCACUGGGACCUUGACAUGUAUAUCAGGAACCGUGUGGACACAUCCCCCACGCCUGUUUCCUGGAAUCUCAUGUGUAAGCACCUCUUCGGCUUCGUGGCCUUCAUGCUGUUCAUGUUUUGGGUCGGGGAGACUUACCCCACCUACCAGCCUGUGGGGCCAAAGCAGUAUCCUUAUAACAAUCUGUACCUGGAACGAGGCGGCGAUCCCACCAAAGAGCCUGAGCCAGUGGUUCAUUAUGAGAUCUGAGGUGGCUUCAUCAGCUUUGUGCCCCUGAACUGACUCCCUCAUUUCUAGAGAUUUAACCUUAAUGAAGUCCCUAAUAAAACUUAGUGCUGUG